AUGGAUCUGAUAAGCAGCGAAGGGUAUUCUAGGAUGUCAGCAUGUCUUAAGCCCCUCGAAGUUGUGCAGAAACGCAACAAGUUAGCCCUCGAGCUGGACAACAACACCGGUGGCCAGUGCACUCGGAAGCUGAUCAACGAAUGGGAUAAGAAUUGUCUCGCGAACCAUAUAUACUGCGGACAAGCCAGUGACUCUGCUUUCUUGCCUACGAGAUUGCUUGAGAUCAACGAUGUUGGUAACCCCACUACAUGUCGCCUGGUUUUACGAGAAGAGGUGCCUUGCGCCUCAAGAUACACUGCGCUGUCGUAUCGCUGGGGUGUCAUGAAGACAAAAGGCGAGACCCGUCUUUUGGAGUCUACAUUCGAUACGAUGCGCACUGGAUUGCCACUCAGUUCCCUUCCAAAAACAUAUGUCGAUGCCAUUGAUGUCACAUCAUGGCUAGAUACGGGCGAAGUCACUGGCGGACAGCUCGAGCUGAGAGGUCCCUGGGUCACCAUCGUCACAACAGGGAAAAAGGGCAUUCUGGACAACAAUAAUUUCCUGGCCCACUUCCAAUAUCUUGAUCCGAGUUCAGCGCUCGAAAAACCUCUCGUUAUUGAGACUGAUGACUCGGUCUAUCACGACACCGAGAUCAUCUACGAUACCCAGGACGACAUGGUGAAACAAGCCUUCUGCAUGCCUAUAUGUACAUGGCGGAAUGAGCUUCCUACCUGGCACUUUCGUGGCAUCGUUCUAGUACCAGUAGAAGACGGAGGCUUUAAUUACCGCCGCAUCGGUCUGGUCGACGGUUUCUUCAAGACUGAAGAGGAAGCGCACACCUUCUUCUCGCAAUUCCCGCGAAGAAGUGUUACAGUUACAUGA